CUGGGGAAGGGCGAGCAGAGGGACCAUUGAAAGAUGGAAGCGGCGGCUAGAGAAGAGCUAGCCACACUAUCAGAGCGCUUCCUGGGUUUGCAGUGGAGAGUGAACUGAUCAAGUUUUUUGCAAAGUGAGCUGCUUCAUAGUCACGGGAUCACAGCAAAAUUUUAGUGAAUUUCCGGUGCAAAGCCAGGAAAACUGCAGACUUCAGCAAAAAACACAAGGAAUGACCAUGUGAGCCAGCAGCUAGCUAAAAAGCUGGCAGCUCUGCAGAUUUUCUGGGCAGGUGAUUGGUGCAGGGAGCAUAUUAAGAGAGUACUGGAAGACCAGGGACAAGAAACACACCUCAAGCAAUUUGCCAGCAACAUGCCCAUUGUGAGAUAACUUUCAUCAGGUUCUGGUCUGUGUACCCUGCACGAAGCCAACUGUGCUUCAUGACAGCCUGGUCAGCUGGGAUGGUGCCCUGUUGGUCCCUGAAUCGAGCAUGGAGACUGCUGGGAGCCAGCAGCAGUUUCCUAGUGAGGAGCAAGAAGUGAUUGUCUUUCAGUGAAACUAAUCCCAGAGCAGGCUGUGGAUCAGGAUCAACAGCACAUUCUGAGUCCUUGCUUGGAAGAGCUGUUCGAUUUCCCCACCCCAUCCCAAGGAAUAGCACGCUGCUGAGUCUGCAGCAAACCUGGUGGAGACAGAAGCCUUCCCAGAGUCCGGAUUCUCAACCUAUAUUGCCUGCUGCUGUUCAGGAACUUGAUCCUUAUCCUAACAUGCCUUCACUGACUGUUCCAAAAGGAAGUGUUUCCACAAUGAAGUUAUGGUUGAGGCUCUUGAGAGGGCAGACCAGGAUGUACUGGGACAAAAGGGACAAAAGACCUGCAGCAGUGCAUGUGUUGACAGACAGGAGGAAAAUCUGAGGCUUGCCACCCAGGUGCGGGACAGGGUUUCAGUGGGGGAGUUGACACUUGCAAAGGAGUUUCUAUUCCAGGAACUGUGGCUGAGGUUACAUCUACACUAUGAAAUUACUCCGAUUUUACAUAAUUAGAUUUUUGGCAACAGAUUGUAUAAAGUCGAGUGCAUGCGUCCACACUAAGCACAUUAAUUCGGCAGUGUGCGUCCAUAGUGCCGAGGCUAGCAUUGACUUCCGGAGCAUUGCACUGUGGGUAGCUAUCCCAUAGUUUCCACAGUCUCCCCCGCCUAUUGGAAUUCUGGGUUGAGAUCCCAAUGCCUGAUGGGGCAAAAAACAUUGUCACGGGUGGUUCUGAGUAAAUGUUGUCAGGCCCUGCUCUCCCUCCCUCCAUGAAAGCAACGGCAGACAAUCGUUUUGUGCCUUUUUUCCUGGGUUACCUAUGCAGAUGCCAUACCAUGGCAAGCAUGGAGCCUGCUCAGCUGACCAUCACUGUAUGUCUCCUGGGUGCUGGCAUACGUGGAACCGCAUUGCUACACAGCAGAAGCUCAUUGCCUUUUGGCAGCAGAUGGUGCAUUAUGCCUGGUAGCCAUCGUCAUCGUGCUCCUGGGUGCUCUUUUAGCUGACCUCGGUGAGGUCGGUCUGGGGCACCUGGGCAGACAUGGGAGUGACUCAGCCAGGUCAUUCCCAUCUUUUGCCGAGCACCCAGGAGAUGAUGAUGGCUAGCAGUCAUAAUACAGCAUCUUCUUCUGAGCACCCAGGAGAUGACGAUGGCUAGCAGUCUUACUGCACAGUCUGCUGCCAGCCUAAGAUGUAAAAGAUAGAUGGAGUGGAUCAAAACAAGAAAUAGACCAGAUUUGUUUUGUAUUCAUUUGUUCCCCCCUCCCUCCAUGAAAUCAAUGGUCUGCUAAAUCUAGGGUUUUGAGUUCAAUCCUUGAGGGGGCAAUUGUUUGUGGCAGUUGUUUCUUUUUCUCCUUGAUGCAAAGCCACUCCCUUUGUUGAUUUUAAUUCCCUGUAAGCCAUGUCGUCAGUCGCCCCUCCCCAGAGCAAUAGCAAUCGUUUCUCACCUGUUUUCAGUGCAGAUGCCAUACCAUGGCAAGCAUGGAGCCUGGUCAUCUCAACACAGCAGUCAUGAACAUUGUAAACACUUAGCACUUUAUUGUGCAGUUUAUGCGGAACCAGAACCUGAAAAACCAGGCGAGAAGGAGGCAACAGCAGCGCUGUGACGAGAAUGAUGAGGACAUGGAUACCGAACUCUCUCAAAGCGCAGGCCCCGGCACUUUGGAGAUCAUGGUGUUAAUGGGACAUGGAAGUAAUGAAGCCUUUAAUUGGAGAACAGAAUUCGGACAGCAUCUCUGAUGACGAGUACGAAAAUGAAUUGUUGCCAAUUGAGAAGCAUUACCAACUUGAUAAUCAAGAGAGUAUUACGUUUGUGCAAACACUUACUCAUCUCCUCAAAGGGAACAUUGGAACUGGGCUUCUAGGGCUUCCACUUGCGAUAAAAAAUGCAGGCAUUGUGCUUGGACCAAUCAGCCUUGUGCUUAUAGGAGUUGUAUCUGUUCAUUGUAUGCACAUUUUGGUACGAUGCAGCCACCAUCUGUGUCUGAGGUUGAAAAAGACCUCAUUAGGGUAUAGUGACACAGUUAGUUAUGCCAUGGAAGUAGGGCCCCUAAACUGCCUUCAGAAAAGAGUUUCCUGGGGAAGGUGUAUCGUUGACUUUUUUCUUGUGAUUACACAACUGGGAUUUUGCAGCGUUUAUGUUGUGUUCUUAGCAGAAAAUGUGAAACAAGUCCAUGAAGGAUUUUUGGAGAACAGGAUUGUACCCACGAAUGACACUAGUACCAGUGGUCCCUCUGAGAAAAGGAGUGUUGAUUUACGAAUAUACAUGCUGUGUUUUCUGCCAUUUAUUAUCCUUCUGGUCUUCAUUCGUGACCUUAAGAGCCUGUCUAUGCUUUCGUUCCUUGCCAAUAUUUCCAUGGCUAUCAGCCUGGUAAUUAUUUACCAGUACAUCGUUCGAGAUAUAUCUGAUCCUCGAAAACUUCCCCCUGUGGCAGACUGGAAGAAAUAUCCCCUUUUUUUUGGUACUGCCAUAUUUGCUUUUGAAGGCAUCGGUGUGGUGCUCCCCCUGGAAAAUAGAAUGAAAGAAGCCCAACGUUUCACACAGGCAUUGAACAUUGGCAUGGGAAUUGUUAUGACCUUGUAUAUCACUCUAGCCACUCUAGGAUACCUGCGCUUUGGGGAUGAAAUCAAAGGCAGCAUCACUUUAAACCUACCACAAGAAGUAUGGUUGUAUCAAUCCGUGAAAAUUCUGUAUUCUUUUGGGAUUUUUGUGACCUAUUCAAUUCAGUACUACGUUCCAGCAGAGAUCAUCAUUCCAGCAAUUACCUCAAAAGUGCAGCAGAAAUGGAAACUGUUCUGUGAAUUUAUGGUCAGGACACUUUUGGUCUGCUCAACCUGUGCUGUAGCAGUCUUGAUCCCUCACCUCGACCUGGUGAUUUCCUUUGUUGGCGCUGUAAGCAGCAGCACAUUGGCAUUGAUCCUGCCACCUUUGGUUGAAAUCCUCACAUUUUACAAGGAAAACUUAAGUGUGUGGAUGAUACUUAAAGACAUCUUUAUAGCUGUCAUUGGAGUCGUUGGCUUUUUAACAGGGACAUAUGUGACAGUUGAAGAGAUCAUUUAUCCUGCUGCGACAGUCUUAGUUAACACUACAGAGAACCCCUUUGAAGAUUUGAACACUACGCACUUGGUGACUGGUUUCAAGUAAUGGUGAGAGAACCGAGAAUCAUUUUGUUUCUAGGCAUGGGUUCUGAUUAGGAGAAAAAGAUCUUGAUAGAGCCUGUAGUUGGAAGUAUGGGCCAUAUU